UACGCCAGUCAGCACUCCAUAGUAACUACUGAUGAAAUACCAAUUAAUACCAAACAGUAUCGUUUUCCAUUGAUUCAUAAAGCUGAAAUUCAGAAACAGGUAGAUACCUUGCUCAAAGCGUUUGGAAAAGAUGCUGGACUGCGCAGACCAGUUAUCGGUUCCAGAUACUUGUACGAGCAGAGUUGAUGACCGUUUGGUGAUUAUAGUAAUGAGGAAAUGAUAACUUCAAUUUUUUGGGUGGAUGGAGGAGCAAAAGAAAAAGGAAAAGAGUUAAUGGAAAACCUUAAUGUGGAAAAAUGCUUUUGUUCUGAUGAUGAUGACAGAUGUGACAUUUUAAGUAAAGCUGAUACAAGUUCCCAUCAUAUUAUUUGCCCUCUGUUGGGAAUAAAUGUAUUCAAGCUAAUAUUAACGCUAAGGGAUCACCCCGGUUGGAGUGAUGAGCCUCCUUUGGGCGAUCGGUUGGACGGGAUGACUGUACCCCGGGCACCCGCUCCCGAUGUCAUUGAAGGUAGUCCGUUUCCAAUAAGGGUGCCAGAAUUGCAAGACCUGGGUAAUCUUGGAUCGCGGCAGAAGUGUGGGGAGCCUGUUUUUGCGACUGUUGUCGUGGCAGAGGCUGACGAGCCUGGUUGUUUUUCGGAGUGUGCUGUAGCGGAGGCUGUGAUGCCCAGUAGGUUGUUGACGACAAUGUCACGGCAGAGGUCCCCGGGGAACCUAGUGAUUGCUCAGCACAUAUCCAACUUUUUCGCGACCAAGACCGCGUGGAGGAUCCCAGGUGAAAAAACCGUUAACGACUCUGAAAAAAAAACAAAAUUUUAA